GCCUGCGGGGCUUGCACCUUACUUUUCCACGCAGAGCUCUGGAAAUCAUGCUUGCAAAGUGUGAAAACAUCGGUGAUGCUGUGAAGUCUCUUAUUACCGGUUUCUGGAUCACAUUUAGCGUCUGUUCCGUAGUUGUUCGCGGGCAGGAGGGUAAUGGCUGUGGACAUACACUGCUGGGCACAGAGUCCGGCACCUUGGCCUCUCAGAACUAUCCAGGCACCUACCCCAGUAACACUUGGUGUAAGUGGAGGCUUCGUGUGCCAGAAGGCCGCACGCUGCGACUGCUGUUUGGGGAUUUUGACGUUGAGAGCAGUCCGGGCUGCAGCAAUGGCUCUCUUGUGAUCACAGAAAAAAAUGGAGAGCGCAGUUUGGGUGUUCAGUGUGGACAGCAAGGUCCUGUGUGUGGGAAGCUUGAUGCUUCACAGAAGAAUGUGACACUUAAAAGCAAUGAAGUGACAGUAACCUUCAAGUCAGGUCCACACCGCUCUGGACGAGGGUUUCUACUGUCCUAUACCACAGACCAGUAUCCAGACCUCGUUUCUUGUUUACAACGAGGAUCUCAUUUCAGCUCGCAGCAUUUGAGUGUGUACUGCCCUGCUGGAUGUAAGAAUGUCACAGGGGACGUGUGGGGGAACUCUGAACAGGGUUACAGAGAUACCUCAGUGCUGUGCAAGUCUGCGGUCCAUGCUGGAGCUGUGUCUGAUAAUAUGGGAGGUCGUGUCACUGUGACCCGUGGGAGAAGUCUGACACUCUAUGAAUCCACCUUUGCUAAUGGAAUCCUUUCUAAAAUGGGAUCGUUAUCUGAAAAGAAGCUGCUCUUCAGCAAAGAAUGCAACAACAUCCUGGCUGUUUCUGGUUUUAAUGCCUCAUCUUUCUGGAACAAAAACAGUCGAGAGCACAGAAUGUUCUGGUCCUCCAGAAACAUGGAUUCUAGCCAUGAGUUCCUACCCUGGGAGGCAGACAGUAAUGAUUCCAACCCGUGGGUGGAGCUGGAGCUGAGUGAUAGAAGCACUAUCACAGGAAUAAUAACAACGGGCUCAAAUGAGUACUACACAGAAUCCUACAUUCUUAGUUUCAGCAAGGACAGAAAGAACUGGAAGCUUUACAAAGGUGCCCUCAGCAAAGAAAAAAAGGUGUUUCAGGCCUAUACCGAUGGCCACCUCAGGGUUCUCAACAGCUUAUUUCCUCCUGUUGUGGCUCGGUUUGUUCGGCUACAGCCGCUGAACUGGCACGGCAGAGCUUCAGCUCAGGUCCAAGUCCUGGGUUGUCCUGUUGCGAAGGUCACGCCAAGGUCCCGCUCACCUAGCGAAUCUCUGCGAACCAUUGUUAAUGUGGGUACACUGCUUCCAAGCACCUCUCCCACCCCCACAGAGGGCCCAGUGUUGGUGGAGACAAGACUGAGCACCAGUCAGCCAGUGAUAGUGGCAGUGGGAGUGGUCCUGGGGUUGAUAAUGUGCGGCAGCUGUUUGUUGGCUGGAGUCUGGUGGAAGAGAAGAAAAAAAGACUCACAAAUGAAGUACUCCUUACCCACAAGUUGUCAGAGUUUCCAGGCAAAGAGUCUCCCCUGCCCUCCAUCAGAGCUUAUCUCCUACCCUCUAGAGCGAAAUGUCCACGACGCUCUGCCCAGCCCUCCUCUGAAUGACUAUGCAGAGCCUGCUGUUACAGCUAUUGGACAGAAGGUUGGGUCGACAUUCAGACCCUCCACAGAUGAGGGCUACACCACCCCCUUCAUCCUGAACCAUUAUGACACCCCUGGCAACCUGCCAGAGUAUGCUGAGCCACUUCCCCCAGAACCAGAGUAUGCCACCCCAUUCAGUGAGCAGCCCUCUGAGUCCAGCCUGCCCAGUUUGAUGGGGACGCUUCACAGCAACGCACACGAACCUCCUAUACCAGCACUUGCCGGUGGUGCCAGGAAGACAUCCAGCCACGCUCAGUAUGACUGCCCCUCACACAGAAUGCUGUCCAACGGCUACUGCACUCCUGCUCUACAUGCCAGUGGGCCACGACCAGUCAGUGUGGUUUACGCUGAGCCCAAGUCAUGUGACUCUUUACUGCAGAAGCACACAUACGAGGAGCCUUUGUGAGCACAGCAAACUCAGAUGCAGAGAAAAAAUAGUCUCUUGAGUUAGAAUGUGCCUUGGGACCAGAGGACGUGGACACUAAGCUGGACAGUGCGGUCCAGAGUGUACUAAUGCAGACAGAGGUGAACUUCUAGUGAG